UUUUAGUCUGAACUGCAAAGUGUUUAAUGCUAAAGAGAAAGCUGUGAGAACAGAGAGAGGAAGAGGAAUAGCUGCGCCCUGUUCUGUUUUUCUGUCUUCUUCUAUCGCCCCUUCUUCUUUUAAUAAUUUCUCUUUUUUUUUUCCUUUUAAUUUUAUAUUACUUCUCGCUCGCGGAUCUCCCCUCUCGGAAGGCGAUUGCAGCCCAAGAAUGAAGAAAGGCGACAGGGCAGACAGAGAUGGAGGCCAUGGCUAGCUGCUGAUGCUGAUCGGGAAGAUCCACGAGACAACAAUCGAUCGAUGUGCUCAACAUCCAAAUUAAUCCACCAAAAUCUCUCUCCACUGCUUUCAUCUAUAUCCGGAAAUAGAACUCGACGACAAUCAUAAAAGUUAGCUUGCUCGCGGUCGAUGAUGGUGAUGAAGGAGGGAGCAGAAAUAUGGGAGUAGCCACGCAGCUGAUCAGGAGCUCGAUCAAGGAUCCGCUCGGACAUCCGCCUACAUCGCCGGCGUCGCACAUGUCUAGCCAGGGCUUCCACCGAGGCUUCUUAGGCUUCGCCGACGGGUUGGGCAGCGGCAACCGGGACCACCUAGAGCAGCAAAGCAGGCAGGACAAGCUCCGGGUGCAGCAGCAGCAGCAGGGCUUCGAUGGCGGCGCAGGAGGACACUUGGUCCCCAUGGAAGACGAGACUGGAAUCUACGAGUCCGCUUCCGUCGGAGCCGCUGCCGCCGCGGGCCACAUACUGUCCGACAUAUUCAAUUUUCAACCGCCGCUGGGGUUGGCAGCGCAGAUGGAACACCCGAUUAUUCCAGCGGGGGGCUACGGGCAUAUUAUCCCUUCGAGAUCUGUGGCCGUGGGCGGCGGCGCUGCCGACUGGUACGGCGCGAACCGACAUCCUCACGACCAGCAUCAGCAUAAUUCAGUACAUGCCGGUUUGACCGCAGACGACUCCGCGGCCGCCGCGAUGCAGCUCUUCCUCAUGAACCCGCCGGCGAUGCAACCGCCACCGCAACAAAUCGGAUCCCCAUCUUCGCCGCCACACGUCACCGACUUUCAUCAUCAGCCCUUCACUGAGUCGUCUCCCUUCGGCCAAGGACUCUCGCUCUCUCUCUCCUCCUCUCUGCAACACCUGGAGAUGGCCAAGGCCGCCGACGAACUCCGGAUGAGACAAGGGGCCAUAUAUUUCAAUAACAAUCAACCCCAGCUGCAAGACCAACAGUUGCACGCCGCCGCCUUUGGAGGCUGCGGUGGUGGCGUCGUCAACGUGUUGCUGAGAAGCUCCAAUUACUCCAAGGCGGCGCAAGAGCUACUGGAGGAAUUCUGCAGCAUGUGUAACGGACAAUUCAAGGGAAAUACACUCACAAAGCGCGGCCGCAGCAGCGCCUCAACUCCGGCUGCAUCCUCAUCGAAGCACGACCUUCCUGCUUUGUCUAGCGCCGAAAGAUUUGAGCACCAGAGGAAGAAGACCAAGCUCAUCUCCAUGCUCGACGAGGUGGACAGGAGAUACGGCCGCUACUGCGAUCAGAUGCAGCUGGUGGUGAACUCGUUCGACUCGGUGAUGGGGUUCGGGGCGGCGAAGCCGUACACGGUGCUGGCGCAGAGGGCCAUGUCGCGGCACUUCCGGUGCCUCAAGGACGCGAUCGCAGCGCAGCUGAAGCAGACGUCCGAUGCCCUCGGGGACAAGGAUGGCGCCGGCGCCGGCGCCGGGAGCGCCAGCGCCAUCACCAAGGGAUCAACGCCGCGGCUCCGCCUGCUCGACCAUAACCUCCGGCAGCAUCGCGCCUUCAACCAGCUGGCCGUGACGGAGCCGGAAUCGUGGCGGCCGCAGCGCGGCCUCCCGGAGCGCUCCGUCAGCAUCCUCCGCGGCUGGCUCUUCGAGCACUUCCUCCACCCGUAUCCGAGUGAUGCGGAUAAGCAGUUGCUGGCGAGGCAGACAGGUUUGUCCAGGAACCAGGUGGCCAAUUGGUUUAUCAACGCAAGGGUGAGACUGUGGAAACCGAUGGUGGAGGAGAUGUACCUCCAAGAAUCCAAUGCAGAGGAGGAGGAGGAGGAGGAGCUGCCGUUGCCGGAGGACGGCAUGGAUGGGAAAGACCAACGAACGCACUCGCCGCCACUCGGGAGCGGCGACGGCGCCUCCGCCGGGACGUCUUGGCGUCAUGAUCGUCACGGCGGCUACCUUCGACCUUCUUCUUCAGAAAUAGCCGGCGAAGAGAGGUCAGGAGGCGGUGGCGGCGGCAGCGGAGAUGUGUCGCUCACGCUCGGACUACGGCACGCCGGCGGCGGGGGCAGAGGGUCGUCGGAGAAGAGCAGCAAGCUCACGGUUAGUACGUAGUUCUUCCACCAUGAGGGUCGUGAACGAUCACCAUGAACGAUCACCACCAGUUAAGUUGAGCGUGAACGAUCACCAUGAACGAUCACCACCAGACUACGUACUACGAACUACGUACUUCAACUUAACUAAUAGUACGUAGUUCUUCCACCAUGAACGAUCACCACCAGUGUAACCUUCUCUCGACGCAACGAACUGAUCGAUCGAUUAAGACAGAUAGAGAAAGAACAUAGAAAUCAGUCGAUCAAAUUGCCUUUUGCAGCUUUCCUUUUUCAUUAAAUUUUGCCGCCGGUGAACACUAAUUGGAUUGUUAUUUGGAAGAAAACAUUACA